AGGUGAUGAAGUGCGGAAGGAACGAGGGGAAUUCCUCAGCUUCCACCUCCAUAUAUACUACAUUUUAAGAUAAACUAGCCGGUUAAGUGUCUAUUAAAACAGCCCAGGUAACGAAUGGUUAUUGAAUAUGGUAGCAGAAAUUGCUAGCUAUUGUUAACUUUAGCGUCGUUAGUGGUGCGGUGUUUGUGAAGGCUGUAAGAAGUCACUCUGUGUUGAAAGCUGAGCGAGCUAGCUCGGAUUUGCUCUCUUAUCGGGUCUGGAUAACGGUACAAUCCGUACUACUGUUGUCAGGUCAUGGUCCAGCCCCAAUCUAACGGGGGCAGUAAUUUUCAGUGGGAGAUGGCAGGAGAGGAGGCUGUAGCAGCUGGCAACCAAGGUUCUCUUAUGACUAGUUCUCAGGGAUCACUAAGAGUCCCACCUGAAUUAGCCGGAAAUGAAUUGGUCCAUAGACUUCUGUCGGAUAACCACCAGUUACGAGAGGCACUGAAGCGGAGCAACGAUGCGUUGAAAGACAGGUGUGAGGAGAUGGAGGGAUGGCAACGGAGAUCUAGGGAGGAGAGAGAAUUUUUGAAUUGCAAGUUUCAUGAAGCUCGGUCUUUGGUCGUGAGACUGGGAGAGGAAAAUCAGCAUUUGCAAAGCAUGCUCAACCACAAUGCUAAUCAGAAAUCAGCUCAAAGUGCUAGCAGUUGCACAGAGACAAAAGGUCAAAAUCAGAACUUAAAGGGUUCUUGUACAGAAAGUAAGGAAUCAGCUGACUCCCCAGUGGCCUUAAAUGUAGCUGAUCAGAAGAAUGAUGCAGAAAACACAGAGAGACAAACAAUGCCUCGAAGUUUGCCUAGUGAAGGUUCAAAUGACUUCCUGAGGCUGCUGAAGAGUCACAAAGAAAAACUAGAGGAAGGAAUGAAAGAUCUAAAGAAGAAAAAUGAGGAGCUGUUGAAGGAGAAAAUGGAGUGGGAAAAAGAGAAAGAAGGCCUUCAAACCACUGUGGAGCAGCUAUACGUCAAACUGACACAACUCACUCAGAGUGAAGCUGCAACAGAGGAGGCAUACCAGAGAUCAAGUGCUUACUCUCCUGACAGCUUACACUUGGCUAAACUAACAGAGCAGCUUCAGGCUACACAAGUCAGGUAUAAAGAGCUUCUGGAGAAAGUGAAUGUUCUUCAUCAGAAUACAAUACAGAGGGACAUAAAUGAAGCUUUACUUAAACAGAAGAAGGACUAUGCACAGCUGACUAAAGAUAGCGAGGCUCUGAGAGCUCAGGUUAAAUCUCUGCUUGGCGAGCUGCAAGAGCGCCAGACCUGCCUCGAAAGGUGUGAAGGGGAGAAAAAACGUUUAGAUGAAAUACUGCGCUGUAAAAUGGAGGACCUGCAGACUCUCGAGCGUGAGAUGGAGCAGCAGAAGAAGCAGCACAGUGUGGCCGUGGAUAAGCUCUUGAUGCAGACCCAGAAUCUAGAGGCGGCGCUAAAGAACGAGCGGUCAGUCACUGUGGAUGAGAGGAGGAAGCUAGCUCAGCUCCAGCAUGCAUACACUUGUCUCUUUCAGGAUUAUGACAACAAACUAAAAACUGAAAAGGCCGGUUACAGGGGUGGAGAAACAGAGACUCUCACGAACAGGCUAGAGGAAGCUGAGAAAGCUCUGGCUUUAAAACAGGGUCAUAUUGACAAACUUAAGGAGCAAUUGGAGCAAAAGGGGGAAUUACAGGAGACCAUUACAGUGCUCACAGCGCAGGCUGACAUCUUCAAGUCAGACUUCCUUGCCGAGAGACGGGCACGGGAGGAGCUCAAUCAGAAGAAGGAGGAGCUUCAGGAAAAGCUGAACCAGUCGCUGACGGAAGUCAAUCUUCUCAAGCAGGAGAAGAUGCAACAGAGACAUGUGGACUACAGACCUCUUCCACACAUGCCACCACCUGUGAUGUCACAGCCAAACCGCAAUCCACCUGAAGUACUGCCAGAAUACCAAUGCCCCAAGUGUAAUUACAAUGCGCCAGACAUGGACACGCUGCAGAUUCACGUGAUGGACUGUAUUCAGUGAGAAGAGGAGCACUUCGGCUAAAGUGGAAUGAGUGUGAGCUCUACAGAGUAUCGCUUCUUAUCAGUCUAUAGUAACAAUCAAAACAAAAACAUGUCAAUAAAUGGCAGUAUCACAAGAGAACAUGAGUGGUAAUAAGAUUAGUCUUUGACCUUUGCAGCUGAGCCACAAAGAUGACAUAUAGUUGUUCAGAUGGACAUUUCAUCUUGGGGAACUAGAACUGUUCAAGGUGUACUGUUCAGUAGGGAUGCACCAAUCUUAUUUUAACCCUUUUAAUUCAUUACAUAUUGAAAUUCUUGUUAUGUUGAAUUGACACCUGCCAUGUCUGUGUAGCGUAAGCAUAGGAACUAUAUGAUUCUUUCAGCUUGCAGCUGGUUUGUGCUUUUGCACUGAUGCACGUGUGUAACAUCAAAUCAAAGCAAGACACUUUUCUAAGCUUACACCAAACAAAAGUAACAAUACCUGAAGUCUGUGUUAGUGUCUCUUCGCAGGCCUUUGGCACUAAAAAAUGUGAAACGGCUCAGGCAUAAUGGCAUUGUGUUAUAUGACAGUUUUUUUUUUGUCCUCUAUUUCCAUUAUGUGUGUGAUAUCAGGAAAUAUUACAUAAUUAAAUACAGCAGCCAUUAAGGCUGUAUUGAUCCUUUUUUCUUUCUUAUUGCUGCUCUACUUGAUUUGACAUACUUUUACACCGGCUGCCAUUCCUCACUCAACCCUCCUUAUUUUGGUCCGGGCUUGGGAUUGGCACAGAGCGCACUGAUCCUCUACUCCCAGACAUAGCCAAUCAUGUCUGUGUAGAUGUCCGACUGGCCGAUAGCACCGCUGACAUUUGAACCCUGGAUCUGGGAACAAGGCAGGAAUUCAUCGCAUCACAAUAUGCCUAUUGUAAAAGAAGAAAAGCUUCUGAAGUUGUACUAUUUUCCCCAUGGGUGCUUUGGUGACUACUGAACUAUCAGAGCACAAAAGGUGGGUGCCGUUGAAAAUAAGAAGCACAAUCAUAAUGCACUUAGUAUCUAUGGUAUCUAUUAAACCAUGGCAACAUUUUUAGAUAGUAUUGGGUCAGUGCAUCCCUACUGUUUCUCAUAGUAAAUUAGUUGUGUGUAGAAAAAGAUCUUAUGUACAGGCUCUCCGUAACGGCGUGAUGUUAUGUAGUGCACGCAUGACCGUGACAUAGCUUUACAGCACAUGACCAUCAGUGAUAAUGUUUUCUUUCUGUUCUGUUUGUGUCUUUUAAUGUAUGGGUUCUACCAGGAUUCAUAGCUGUCUGUGUUAAUAUUGUCUUUUAUCUGGGCUGAAUGUAUUAAAAAUACUUUGUACAGACUAUUGUUAUGAAGAGAUUUAAAUAUUAAAAACACACAUUUGAA